UGUCAGAUAUCUCUGGUUUGACAGAUUGGACGCAGUUUAACGUUUUAUGUUUAUAUUCCACGUAUUUUACAGUUUCUAUCUUUUAUUGAAGAAAAUAAUAUGUUGAUGAAAUAAUUCUUUAAUUAAAACAUGUUUAAAAUCGUUGAGCAUCAAACAAAGUGUUCUUUGGCAUCAAAUUGAGUGAAUUUUGAGUGUUUUAACCUCACUUUUAAACGUUUUGAAUUGUGUUGUUUCCUGUGCUUUAUAACUCAUAUGAGUAAAAAUGGCGCGAAACGCAGAAAAAGCAAUGACAACUUUGGCACGUUGGAGAGCCGCGCAGUUGGGAGAAAGCGAAAAACACAAAAAACGUCGCCCCUAUUUAGCCUCUGAAUGUAAAAGCCUCUAUGCUUGUGAAAAAUGGAGGAUGCAGAUUAUUCGGGAGAUCGCCAAAAAAGUGGCGCAAAUUCAGAAUGCUGGUUUGGGGGAAUUCAGGAUCAGGGAUUUAAACGAUGAGAUAAAUAAGUUGUUGAGGGAGAAACGGCAUUGGGAGGAUCAGAUUAAGGAGUUGGGUGGCCCUGAUUAUCAACGUGUUGGACCACGUAUGUUGGAUCAUGAAGGGAAAGAAGUUCCAGGGAAUAGGGGGUAUAAAUAUUUUGGGGCUGCUAAAGAGUUGCCAGGAGUUCGAGAGUUGUUUGAGCAAGAACCUCCGCCUCCCCCAAGAAAAACUAGAGCUGAACUCAUGAAGGACAUUGAUGCUGACUAUUAUGGGUACAUGGAUGACGACGAUGGCAUCCUACUUCCAUUGGAAACAAAAGCUGAAAAAACAUCAAUUCAGAAGAAAGUGGCAGAAUGGAAAGAGAAAAAGGAGAACAGGCUAAACAAAGCUUCAGAUGAUGAAGAUGACGAAGAGGAUGAAAAUAUUUAUGCGGUGGAAGAAUCUGAUGAGGAAGAGCAACCCCAAGUAAUAGACGGGUCCCAGCAAAGAUUUGUUGCUCAUGUUCCAGUGCCGUCCCAGCAAGAAGUCGAACAGGCUUUGUUGAGAAGAAGGAAGCAAGAAUUGUUGGACAAAUAUGGGGCACACGAAGAUUAGUUAAGAAUAAAAUGUUUUGUAUGAUAAUAAAG